GGGUAAGAUCACGUCUCCUCUUUCUGUAGCCCUCAUUCCAGCACAGGAUCUCAGCAAUUUUGCCCUCUUCUUCUUACCCACUCCAGCGCGCAGUCCUUUCUUCUCCUUCAUUUACAACUUCUCUUAAAAAGAGAACAUUUUCUAGAGAAAAGAGAUUUGCUAAAAAGAAAGGACAUAAAAGCCACAGACGCCCGACUUCCAGCAUGGCAUUGUCACCAGCCCCCUUUGCAUGGUGAUACGAUUAAGGUAGCAGCGUUUUUAUUAUUAUUAUUGUUACUCAGGAAAAGCAGCUGGGGGAUUCACCAGUUCUAAGGCUUUGUCUUUACUGGACUAAAUGAUGGUCCUGAGCCCGGAUUUGACCUGACCAUGAUGUUUAGGACUGGCACUUUUUGUUUUUUCUCAGCAAACUGUACAAACCCAAAUUUCUUUUUGAUUUUCAAGGAAACUAGAUUCCUGCCAGGUUUUGAAUCUGGACAAUAAAUAUAUACUUUGUUCUAGCUUCUUUUUGGAAUCAUUUCGGAGAUAUUUUCUACAAGCACCACAGAAACAGGAAUGAACCGGCAGCUAGUGAACAUUUUGACAGCCUUGUUUGCAUUUUUCUUAGAGACACACCACUUCAGAACCAAGAAAAAUGGAACAUAAAGCAAUAAUGCAAUGAGUACUGGGAAACCCCAGUAUGUUCCUUUCAGGUUCACAUCUCUUACUAUGAUUAAGAAAAUAUUUAGACUGGGUUUUAUUAAGAUCACCACCACUACCACCACCAUCAUCAUCAUCUCCACUUCCUUCUCCUCCACUACCACCAUCAUACUCAAAUAAUAUUUGAUUAAUCAGAUGAGUCUACAUAUGGGAAUGGUGGCCUUCUGCAAAGACCAUGACUCCAGGUCUGGAAGACAGCCUUCACAGGCCCUAUCUCCCUCUGAUUUCUUGGACAAAUUAAUGGGAAGGACAUCAGGAUAUGAUGCAAGGAUCAGGCCAAAUUUUAAAGGUCCGCCAGUAAACGUUACUUGCAAUAUUUUUAUCAACAGUUUUGGAUCAGUCACAGAAACCACCAUGGACUACCGUGUGAACAUUUUUCUGAGACAACAGUGGAACGAUUCACGACUGGCAUAUAGUGAGUACCCUGAUGAUUCCCUGGACUUGGACCCAUCGAUGUUGGACUCUAUUUGGAAACCAGAUUUGUUCUUUGCUAAUGAAAAGGGUGCCAACUUCCAUGAUGUCACCACCGACAACAAAUUACUUCGUAUUUCAAAGAAUGGCAAAGUGCUAUACAGUAUCAGACUGACUUUGACCUUAUCCUGCCCUAUGGACCUGAAGAAUUUUCCAAUGGAUGUCCAGACUUGUACAAUGCAGCUGGAGAGUUUUGGGUACACAAUGAAUGACCUGAUAUUUGAGUGGCUAAGUGAUGGUCCAGUUCAAGUUGCUGAAGGACUGACCCUGCCUCAGUUUAUUUUGAAAGAAGAGAAAGAACUUGGCUACUGCACAAAGCACUACAACACUGGCAAGUUUACCUGCAUCGAGGUCAAGUUUCACCUGGAACGCCAGAUGGGCUAUUACUUGAUCCAGAUGUAUAUCCCUAGCCUGCUGAUAGUCAUUUUGUCUUGGGUCUCCUUUUGGAUCAACAUGGAUGCAGCUCCUGCUAGGGUGGCACUGGGCAUCACCACAGUCCUAACGAUGACCACCCAGAGUUCAGGCUCCAGGGCAUCACUGCCUAAGGUGUCCUAUGUGAAAGCGAUCGACAUCUGGAUGGCAGUGUGCCUUCUGUUUGUGUUUGCGGCCUUACUGGAAUAUGCUGCUGUGAACUUUGUCUCCAGGCAACACAAAGAGUUUCUGCGCCUCCGGAGAAAACAGAAGAGGCAGAAUAAGGAAGAAGAUGUGACCCGCGAAAGCCGCUUUAAUUUCAGUGGCUAUGGAAUGGGCCACUGCCUCCAAGUGAAAGAUGGAACAGCUGUCAAGGCCGCCCCUGCCAACCCGAUCCCCCAACCCCCCAAAGAUGGAGAUGCCAUCAAGAAGAAGUUUGUGGACCGAGCGAAAAGGAUUGACACAAUAUCUCGAGCUGCCUUCCCGCUGGCCUUCCUCAUCUUCAAUAUCUUUUACUGGAUCACCUACAAGAUCAUUCGGCAUGAAGAUGUCCACAAAAAAUAGAGGUGCCCUCCAGACCCAGGGACCUCCUUGCCUACAUGUGUGCUUGUAAAUACACAGUGAAAUUGUCUAUCACUCUGACCGAGGAGCAGAUUGGGGGAGGGGGGAGGGGGGUCCACGGGGGAGGGUUCCCUGGCACCUACAUAAAUAAAGCUAAGCUAUCGGGGCCAUAAAGGAAAGCCUUCACACAAGUGUAAGCUGUUGCAGAAUUGCAAGAAGCCUGAUUCCUUUCACAGUCUUUUACAUUGUUCUUUCAGAUGAUGCAUCAACUGGGCAGGAUAUACAAGUUCUCGAGGGCUAUUUCUCUUUUGGUUUGGUUUGGUUUUGACUAAUUCUGGUACUGAGAAGUUAGCUUAAACACACAUACAAACACAAACACACAAAUGCUUACCAUCUGAUGGCAGUGACUAGCCUAUAGUGUGAGUCAAGGACCAAACUUCUUCAGGAAAAUGCUGCCUCGUUUUUAACAAGCCUCUGGAGCUGCAUUCUUUACAAUGUCUGUAAUUAGUGUUUCACCAAAAAAAAAAAAAAAAUCCUUUUGUGGGUCGUAAAUUAUUUCUACUUACUGACAAACAGCAAAACAGAUCAAUGAAACAACAGCAAAAUAACCACUAAUGACAAUGAACAGAUUUCUACUUUACUGUCUCUGGAGGUGUGCAUUUUAAUAUUUCUUUUUCUUUCCUAGAUGUAAUUUUGAGGUUUCAAUUGUGUGCUGUGCAGUUUGGUUUGAUAGUAUACUCUCCUAGAGAUCAAUUUUGUUUUAGAUCCAAGUUAGUGCACUACAUGCACCCCCCACCCCCAUCUUCAGCUAUAUUUACGCGUGACUUCAAGUGCUCAAGUGUAACUUAGCCAUUGCAACCUUUCAGCCACAAUAUUUAUGGAGAUGGUGUGUCCUGAACAGUGUAGCUCAUAUUAGCUUAAACUUCCCAUUUCUGCUGCUCUCAUUGUAGGUGUAACUACUAGUCCUAAUGUCAACUGACCCGAUGAUUUCUACUGUCAAGCCAAGUGAAUAUUGUUUUAAAUAUCCUCAACUAACUGAAAUGAUUUUAAAAUUGUCCUGAGAUUUUCAAAACCCGUUGCCUUUUUGGUACCAGAGCUACGUGGUUUGAAUUCUGGCUAGAUGUCUUAAGCAAGGAAAAAAAAAAAAAACAAUGUAUUUUUGCUUACUCAGAUAAAAGACAACCUGUAAAAGUAUUAUGAAAAAUUAAAUUUUACAUGUGCUGUAAAAGGGGUUAUUUAAGAAAAGUAUUUGUUCAAUUCCAAUAAAGCUAUG